AUGCUGAUCAUUUUCAGGCUUGUUGUUUCGAUGUGGUACGACAAGCGGGAACAACUCCUUCGAUCCGGACUUUGGUACAGUUUCAGCGGCGGCGCAAACAUCAUCAUUCCAGUCAUAAGCUACGGUAUCGGCCACAUCAAGUCCGACAGUCUUCGUUCCUGGCAGUGGAUGUAUCUAAUUGCGGGAGCAAUCACAUGUCUAUGGUCUAUCAUCAUCUUUCUCUUGUUCCCCGAUUCCCCCCUCUCCGCCAAGGGAUUCACGGACCAGGAGAGAGCCCUGAUUCAAAGGCGUAUGCAGGCCGACAAUGCGGGAACACUGAACCGCCGUUUCAAACUUCCCCAUGUGCUUGAAUGCUUGGGAAGCGUGACUUUCUGGGUUGUCAAUCUCAUGUCGAUGCUUACCAGCGUUGUCAGUGGCCCAAUUUCUUCCUUUGGAUCACUGAUCUUUAGCGACAUGGGUUUCAACAAGGAGCAAGCCUUACUCCUCAAUAUCCCCAACGGCGCGAUGGCGUUUUUCUGCAUCCUGACAUCAGCUACACUGGGACGGAAAAUUCCAAAUAUUCGACUUUUUGUGGUGAUGACUGCCUGUCUUAUGGUGGUAUUGGGCUGCUGUCUCGCAUGGCAAUUGCCAACGGCCAAUAAUGCAGGUCGACUCGCAGGCUUCUACAUGAUGAACUUCUUCUCAUCAGCCUACGUUCAAGUAAUCGGCUUCGGUACCUCCAACGUCGGAGGAUACACAAAGAAGGCCACCAGCUCCGCUGGGAUCUUUGUUUUCUACUGCCUCGGAAACAUCGCCGGACCGCUCAUCUUCAAUCGCAAGGACGCACCGAGGUACGAUCCAGGCUUCAUGGGAACCAUGAUUUGCCUGGCCGUCUGCUUCGGGUUGGCCCUGCUUUUGAGAUUGCACCUGGCUAGGAAGAACGUUCACAGGGAUCGGGAUAACGGCCCUGCCGGGACUGAACACGGCUUGGAUGAUAUAACGGACAAGGAAAAUAAGGACUUUCGAUAUCAGCUAUAG